CUUGGUUCAAAAAUUGCCAUGGAAACAGACAGGGAAAAUGCGGGGAUGGGGAAAUGACUUUGAAUGGUCCCACCGGAUUGUUCCUUAUUGGUGUCAUUCGUGUGACAUGCCUCGCUAAUCUGAAAAUACACACAGUUUGCAAAAGUUAUAGUGAGCAUCAUCUUUCUUCAAUAAUGAUACAAUUAUCGCCUUAUGGCCAGCGAGUCGUACUAAGAAUCAACCUUAUUGGAAUGUGGAUAGCUGUCCUUGUGAGUGUUAGAAACUUCACUAUCUGUUAUAGUCAAUAUAGAAAGACGAAAGGAAAGAUGUAAGCAAUGAAUUCAAUCUUUUGGGGAUGAUGUCUAACUUUUUUUUCUUUGCGUAG